ACCAUUCACGUUUCUUCCUAUUUAUCUUUACAUUUUCUUUCCUCUCCCUCUCAAUCUUCCUUUGUUCUCUUUUACUUUCUUUUCUCUUCUGCAAUGACAUGGGUUAUUGCUCAGAAAGGUUUUGAAAGAGUAUUAGAGUGUGUUUUGAAUUCCUAUCUCAGGCCAAUUUUUCUACAGGUAUGUUGUGAACAUGAAUAAAUGCUUCAGCACUCUGUUCUUUGUCCUGUUUCUGACGGCGUCGCUGCUAGUUUGUUUGCUGGGAUUUGAAGUUAUAGUGGUUCCACCGCCAGGACUGCUGUUCGCGCGGGUGCUCCUCCACUUGUCGGCCACUGUGCUUGAGCUGUGCUUCUUUUGCUGGUACGGCUCCGAACUUAUGCAAAAGAGCGAGGAUGUAUACCAAGCAGCGUACGGUUGUCAGUGGCAGGACCUCUCCAACGGGACAAAGCAAUUAAUCUGCAUGAUCAUCAUGAAGGCUCAGAGCCCCGUCGCAUUGCGAGCGGGAUUCUUCGGGGAUUUAUGCUUACCCACCUUCAGCUCGCUAAUGACGAAUGCUUACUCUUACAUGGCGCUUCUGCGCAAACUCUAUGAAGAAGACGAUGCCUGAAACUGCACGCUGGUAGUAGCAAGUGGCACAAGGAGAAGAGUCUUCACACACUACAGCACAUUAUGAAUUUCGGAUGGAAUGGCUACCAUUCAAAGCGACAGCUGUUCCUGUCCACGGAAAUACAGCGGCACUUAGUUUCAAGACUGGAGUCGUUCAGCACAGAAGAUCUGUCCUUUCCUACCAUCUGUCUUGUGGCUUCACUUUCUGAACACUAGAAAUUUCUCAAAUGUUGGCCCAAGCAAUUUGGCUCAAGCGCUAACGAUUCUGGCUUAUAUUUCGGAAAUGUCCAGUUAGAAUUUCGAGUGAGACAGCAGAUAUCCUGACUUAGGGGUUUUCGCGUGUCACCUGACCCUCGAGCAAAUUCCGAGAUAAGUAUUCGUAUUUUUGUUAGGCCAUGGUCGAUCUCUCUCU